GUGACUCCCCUCAUUCCAUUUAAUCCCAUCCUUCACUCCCUCUCCAAGUCACGAUUCAACCGCCCGGUUCGGCAAUCGCGUCUACCCUCAAUUCCACAUGGUUGCCUGAGUCGCUAGAGCUUGGAUCGCUCGCUGCCCACCAUGUUCAAGGGCCUUUUCGGUGGGAACCGCUCGUCCUCCGAUGUCCGCAGCACUUCCAGCUCGAAGAGCGGUAGCCGUCGCAAAACCGACUCGAAGUCUUCGACAGUGAGUCGCAAGUCCUCACGGGGUGACGACCGUGAUCGUGGCUUGGGCGACCUGUCGACCUACCGAUCCUCGAGCAGCCGUAGCAAGCGCUAUGCGCCCAGUGCGGCGGGGGAGUCGGUCGCUUCGAGUUAUGCGACGGCGGACCAGGGUCCUCCAAUCGAAUCCGAACGGAUCGUGAUAGAACGCGCGCCCAGGCGCAGGGACUCCGAAGAAACCGACCGUCGCGAUCGGUACCGAGACAAUGGUGAUGGGGAGGAAAAACCUUACCGCAGGCGCGACAGAGUGCGAUCGCCGAGUCGGGAGCGCGAGCGGACCAGAACAGAGCGGGAGGAGCGGCGACGACGGACGCAAUCGGGCGAUAUGUACGCCUCGCCGAUAACUACAGGCACGCCGACCACUUCGAUGCCCAGCUCGCCAAAUGUGCACGCAUUUUACGAUCCUCAUGUGCCGCAGCAAUUCCCCGGCCAAUUCCCGACCUAUGUUGCUGAGCCGUACCGACCACCUCAUCCUGCGGGCGAAGCGGCGGAAUACUACGGGGACCAGGGACAGUCUGUCCAAGACCAGCCAGGAGUUCGACCCAAGCCUCCACUGGUAAUUCCCGAAGACCAAGCGCAUCUCAUGACAGCGUCUCCUGUAGCUAACCCGCCGCCGGAGCCCAGUAGCAUGGGGCAGGUUGGUGCUGCUGCCGCCUACUUUACGGAGGACGCGGAUCUGGGAAUUGAACAACCCGAGCAAUCCACUAUUACUCCUGCGUCCAAGCCGCCAAAGCUAUCGAAGCCAACAAGGCCGCCGAAACCCUCUGUACAGACAGGAAUGUCAAGACCCCCAAUGGUUACAGCAACUGCGGCGACUACUGAUCUUGCAGAGCAUAGCUUCUCGGAGUCCCCUUCAACCUAUGUACCACCUAGCUCCUCGAGCCCUCCAAAACCGUCCCAUUCUCACGCCAUGGGCACUACAGUCGGUGCAGCGGCCGCGGGUGCAGCAGCUGGUUAUAUGAUGGGUCAUCAUCACCAGUCCUCCGCAAGCGUACACUCUUCCCAAUACACAAUGCAAAACUACGAACAGGCUUCUCAGAACAGUCCGUCAUACCCAGGCCCCUCGAUGUACCCACCUCAACAAGGCCCUGAGUUCUUCACUGCGGGUCCCGGGGCACCGGGUUACGCUGCCAGUCCUCUACACCCAGAGCAUGCUGCCCUGUACCACGCUACGCCUCUUCAGUCGGGAGGCUUGGCUUUCCAGCGCCGUCAAAAGGGCCCGUUGGACAAAUUCAUAGACUUUUGGAAGGAUCCGGAGGGUGUCGGCGAGUUUGAGGACUAUACCGAGACCAUUGGAAUUUGCAAGUACUGCUUUGACCCCGGUUCGACAUCGCGGGACGCACCUCGCAGGCAUAACCACGCGCGCCGUCGCCGCUCUGCCGAUCGCUAUAGCAGCAGCUCCCGUGUCGAUAAGACGAAUCGCUACCCAUCGUCGGAGGACGAGGGUAGACGUCGCAAGAGCUCACCAAGAAACUCAUGGAUUCCUGGGUUUAUUGGUGGGUAUGCCGUCAAGUCGAUGUUUAGUAGCAAGGACUUUGAUGAGACGUAUAGUGUUCGAUCAGGGCGAGUAGCGGGCUCUCGGAAUUCUGUGCACGAGAGCGAGGGUGCAUCUUCAUCCGGCCGACGAAGCCAAACAUCCCGCGGCGUUCACAGACGAUCUUAUCGCAGCCGAUCCCGUGAACGCACCGACCAGAGCUCUUAUCAUUCGGACUCAAAGACGACCAAAUACGACGAAUCCCGACGACGUUCUCGCUCGCGCUCCCGAUCUUCAUCCAUAACCCAGCGGCAUGCUGCCCUUAGGGAUGCGGCCUUGGGCGCAGCGGUAGGGACGGCGACUCUGUCAGCAUAUGAAUCGCAUCAUCAAACCAGCAGCCGCAGCUCAGUAUCAAGGAGGUCCAAAUCCAGAAAAACAUCUUCCUCCGAUGAGUCGGUUCUCGACAUUUCAAGACCCGCCCGAAAGGCCCAGAGCAGCGGGUUAAGUUCUUUUUUCACCGCGUCAUCUGAGAAUCGGCGGAAGCGACAGACUAAGAAGCGAAGGAGUCUCUUUUCCUUUAACAACUCUUCGUCAUCUUCUCUGGAUGCAGACUUAGCCUUCGGGUCUGGAUACGCCAAGCGCAAGUCGGACAAGUCUAAGAGGCGAAACAGGAAAGAAAAGGAAGAUGUUGAUAUGGCAUUGCUGGGGCUUGGUGCUGCUGCAACAGCGUUGGCGGCCUCAUCCCAUCGAAGAAGUCGACGAGCUGGAGAGGUCCUGGCCCGUAAGGAUUCUCGAUUGGGACAGUCGGAUUACGCCUCUUCUGCUACCAAUGACGAGGGCUGGGAGGAUCUUGACUCAGGAGACCAGUCCUCCUCGAGCGUCAACUCUGGUCUUGCAUUUGGAAGCAGUGGACGCUUCCCCAGUAGUGGUUCACAAUCGUCUGAUUCCGGAACUUCGAAGUGGACUUGGGGAUGGGGUAGCAAGAAAAGCAAGAAGGAGAAGAAAAAGAGAAGAUCUCGAUCGUCCGAGAGUCGCUUCCCUGCAGAGGCCGCGGUGGUGGCUGGUCUCGGCACGGCCGCCUUGGCUUCGGCAUAUAAUCGCGACUCAAAGACCGAUGCAGCAAGUAGCACUGGAAGCCUUCAACAAGUGGCACCGGUUCCUACCAGUGAUCCUUCGCGGUUCGAUACUGUCAAUGUGUCGUCCUUCCCCCCUCCCCAGCCGACCUUAGUCCGGCCUGGGCCUAUUCCCCUACAGCAACCCCAACCGGUGACGCCGGUCUCCCAGGCCGUAUACACCACCCAAGGAGAAUCCAUUCAUGCCUAUAGUGCACCUGACGUACCGCCAUCAUCUGGAAGCUCUUUCAUGCCUUAUGAAACCCAACUGUACAGUUCGAGAAAUGAUAGCGACGUCUCCUCGAGAAUCAAUCGUCCACACCGCCGGAGUGACUCCUCUCCCGUCUUCCAUACAGAGCCCCUAGAGACUAUGUCGACUUCAACCGUUAAACGUCGCUCGACGAUCAAAGACCAAGCAUCAGUUCAAUUCGACUUGACCGAGGAGCAGGCGGAUAAGGAGCGACGUGCGAGCCGCCGGGAAAGAUCGAGACGUGAUGACGAGCGGCAGGAUGCAGUGCAGCUCAUAGACCGUGAGCACGAGAUGGCUGUUCGUGAUGCUGAGCGCCAAGCAAGCCGCCAGAGAGAACAGGACUAUGAAAUCUCAAGAGCCGAAGAAGAUAAUUCCCGGAAAGAGAGAGAUAGUUCAUCUCGGAUUGGCAGCGUGGCUAUAGGUGCGAUCAGUGGUGUUACUGCUAUCACAAUGCUAUCUGGACAGAGCUCCCACGAUGAUGCCUCCGAAACUGCCAGCCAACGACGCCACGAGGAGCGCCGAGAAAAGCGUCGGGCAGAAAGACGCCGCGUUCCCGAGUCAGACUCCAUAUCGUCGAGCCUGCCAAUGUCUGAGGUCUCGCAAGAAGUGGUUGAAGAGCGCCCGCACUCAGGCCGUGAUACAGAGAACGCGAAGCCAUCUUCAUCUCCAUCCCGUCGAAGUCCUCGCAGGAAGCCCGUUUACGAGGACUAUGCACAGUUCUUCGCUCCUGAAGAGCUGCGUUAUAGCCCAGACACUUACGCUCGUCGAGAGCCUACUUCAAUGCCCACCAUUAUUGAAGCAGAGCCGUCCAAUGAAUUCUCACCUGUGACCGAGGAACCACAUCCAGAUUAUGCUGGUGGCUUGCCGUGGCCCGUGCCUGAGUUACGGCUUACUGAACCCACACCUCCUCAAAGCGUGAUUGGAGCCAGAGAGACCUCGUCGCCGAGAAUCUUGGUCCCAGGACGACCAAAAGAGGAUGGCAAGCCCGAAAGGCAGACAACUGGCUCCCGCGUCUCAUGGGGCGAGCAUGAGAUGCACGAAUAUGAAGUGCCCUCGACAUCCUCCGAGCUUGAAUCGAUAGACCAGGAUAUCAGAGGCUUUCAGUCUGACAGCCAACUCGAGCGAAUAGUUGCAGAAGAUAUCCAAGAACGUCCGACCAGUUUUGCACCCGAGCCCCCAUCCACAAGUGUACCAAGCAUGGUGGGGGCGGAUAUCGAGUUUGCUGCUACUGUUGCUGCGGCGGCUGCGGCGGCUGGAUUCGAUCCCUCGCUUGUGACAGAUAACCCGACAUACCAUACUAGAGCCUCACCCCCCACGCCAGAGACUAAGGUGAAGUUUGUCUCACCGUGGGAGGAAGUUGCUUACUCCCGCCCGGCGCCCCAUGGAUUUGUUGAAGGCGAAGUCGAAACACCGGACGAAAGUAAAAGUGAACAAGUGGCUCCAGAGCAACUCAUUGAAGAUCGACCAUUUUACUCUGAGCCUGAGCCGCUCGUUUCUCGUGAGCCUAGUGCGCAGCGACAGCAGUCAAUUGCCCAAGAAGUCAUCGGACAUCUGAGUCGCAGGAGAGAAACUGAAGGUAACGGCAGCGUAAAGGAAGACUCAACUGUUGGCAGUAAUAAACGGGACAGGAGGUCCGUUGGCCGCCACGAGGAAUCGGAACCCGAGCCCCUUCAGGAGGUUCUUUCUAUGCCUGGUGGAUUCGAGACGGAAGAUUCACCCGACAAGUCCAGGGGUAUUAACGACCCAAGCACUACGCCAAGGGAGAUUCCAGUGUCUAUCGUUUCAGCAGCUGCCACUGGAGAACGUGCAGCGCCAACAACCGAAGAGAAGCUGGAGCAGGAUAGCGAUGAUUACCAAGAAAGGGACGAUGCUAGCUCAGUUGCAGUCGAGGGAGAUUCUGCCGAGGGGAAGAAGAAGCGACGGAAGAGGCGUUCCAAGCGGGAUAGCGACAAUGUCGAGGAUUCGGUUUCCACUACCUCUUCGUCCGCACGAACCCGUGAUAGCAGUGGCAAACGCAGAAGUACUGAUGAUAAGGCAAAAGAGACGCGGUCUGGAGGAUUCCUGAGCAACCUGUUCGGGUCCAGGGUUUCUGAACCGAUAGAAAAACAGAGAUCAUCCUCUGCUGACAGGCGUUCCUCCCGUGAAGUCCAGUCAGAGAUUGGUUCUCGACGCAAAGAGAAAUCAUCAAGGCGUCGCAGCUCCAGUCGAGGAGAUACGUUGGACAACGAAUCUCGAGUCCGGGAUGAGCGCAGCGCACUUGCGGACAAGGAAAACAUUAACAUUGAGGAUUAUAAGUCCAGCAGGCAUCGAAGGAAAGAAAGCCGGCGACAGGGAUACGAGGAUAUCGUGGAAUCGGGUAAAUCGAGGGAGUUUGAGAAGGUAUAGUGCUUAGUUGUCUUUCCCAUUUACCUGUAAAUUGGCCACGGGCCAUUCGCUGCCCUGGUUAUUCCCAUAUCCGUUUUGAG